CCAAGCUUUGAGAACAGCAAAAAACUUCAAAUCCACAAGAAAACUGCAGCCGAAAAGGGCACCGCCAAUGAACUAAAAGAAGAAGAAGAAGCAGAGUCAUCAAUGGCGGCAAUUAAAUAGUAAAGUAAUGGGAAACAAAGUAACGCCUGAAUCUAUUAAUUAAUGGGAAACCUAUUAUAAACACUAAUACUACAUCCAAGAAUCAAAAUGCAACCAAAUCAGCUUUAUCAUUAGUCCAUUACGAUGAUCUCCCAACAAUGAAACCAACACACCAGGAUAACAGACAGAUGAAUUUCGUCAACGGGAAUGUCCAAUAUAACCAACUGCUAUAGAAACAAAAGGCGGCGUAACGUAAAUGUAGUGGCGUCGCGCCCAUUAACAAAAUUAUCUAUUAAAUUCCAACUUUAUUAAAGACAGACUAUGCAAGAAACUAAAACAGCGAUAGAAAAUCCGGCAUCGUCCGUAACCACUAAAGAAAUUAUUCAAAAAUUGGAUAACCACCAUUUGGAACAAUUAUUUGAAGAAUACAUGUAUUUUUACAAUAGGCGCAAGAGGUCACAAUUGAAACAAAAUGAAGAAUUAAAUCAGUCUUCGUACAAAUUUCCAAGAUUAAUUUCAGUGCGAUCACAAUCGGUGCAAACAAAUAUGAAAGACCACACAUAUCACGUAGUUUCAAAUAAAUCUUAUCUUCCUAGACAUUUAACGGACCUCAUGGAAAAACAGAAAAGUAUAGACAGAAAAAAGUAUGGACACUUUCAUACGUCACAGUCAGAAAUAUGUACUAGUCCAGUGAUAUUACAUGGACUGCAAAAUAAUACAAAAAGAAGCGUGCCGGUAUUUGUAAAGAAAACUGGUCACAAUAUUAGACCUUCAUUACAAAGUGUGCAAAAAUAUUCAGUGGGCCAAUCACAGAUUCUGUUGGAGCAUCAGUCGCUUAAACGUAAAGCACUAGAAGCUGCAAGCCAAAGAAAAAUAUUUUUGGUUUAUGGACGAGAUGCGGAAGAAAUAAGGAAAUCUUUGCUUAAUAGAGGUUGGGUUGAAAAACUACUACCGGAUGAUUUGUUAUCAAGAUAUAAUCUAAAAUUAGGCAAAAUAAGAUCAGAAACAAUUCGUUUAUCAAGUUACCUAAAAGAUUACCAUCCAAAUUUUGUUUGGGCUGGUAAAUUAUAUGAACCGUUCGAUUCUUGUUAUAAUCUCCAUUGUGGUAGUAGCCUCAAUAAAAGUAAGAACACUAAUAAGUAUAAAAAAGUACUUAGACAUGAUGAUGCUAUUGUGAAUCUACUGAGAGUAAAUUUAAAGUUAUGGUGUUCAAAAACAGGACUGUGUACAUCGCUGAAAGACAUGGCUUGGCAUUAUAUAAAGGAUGUAGCGGAUGUCUACGUUCCCCGGACAUACACCAAUACAGAUAGAAAUGAUUUGAUUGAUUUUGUAAACGAUUACCUCCUAACAGCGUGUACUGGCUUGUUGAAGUGGAUUCUAGACAAUUGGCAUAACGGCAUUACCAUUUUUAGCAGAACUGGAACGGUUUCCAUCAAUAUAAUAAUUUUUGCUCUGAAUAGGUGCAAAGAAUAUUUAAAUAAAAAAGAAAAUAAAGAUGUCGACGGAGCUCAAAGCAGAGCAAUUACACCCGGACAGUGGAAAACCUUUAUAAUGAAAUAUCAAAGUUUAACAGCUGGUGGAAGCCUCUUUAAAUUGGAGAAUGAACAAAAUAUCCCUCUGUUGUUAGUUUAUGCACAGUAUUUACUAAAAGAAAUUUUAAAAUACCGACCUCAACUAAGCUGUGAAGGUUGCCGUAAUAUUUGGAUUAUUAAACCGUCAAAUUUGUCCAUGGGUAUAGGAAUUCAAAUUUCGUCGCAUUUACAGACAAUACUAAAUAAAGUAACAGACACAAAAGAUAAAUACGUUAUUCAAAAAUAUGUUGAGGCACCGUAUCUGAUUUACAAAACGAAAUUUGAUAUAAGACAGUACUAUCUAAUUACUAGUACAUAUCCUUUAGAAAUAUGGAUGUACAAAGAUUGUUUUUUGAAGUUUUGUUCUCAAAAUUACAAUCUCAAUAGCUAUCAUGAAUCCAUUCAUCUUACUAACCAAGCAAUACAGAGACACUAUAAAAAUGGUCCUGAUCGAAAUCCUCGACUUCCAAACAAAAAUAUCUGUGGUUUAGACUCAUUCAAAGCAUAUCUAAAAUGUAUCAGACAGGAGGACAUUUGGGACAAGUUUAUAUACCCUGGAAUGAAAAAAACAAUCGUAGGAGUUAUGUUAAAUAAUCAAGAGGUUUUUUCUAAUAAUAAAAAUCGUUUCGCUUUGUAUGGAUGUGAUUUCCUACUUGACAAUAACUUCAGACCUUGGCUAAUGGAAAUCAAUAAGUCACCUGAUUUGGGUCCAUCUUACAAGGCAAAGCUUUGCGACAAAGUCCUGAACGAUGUUAUUAGAGUUGUAAUUGAUUAUGCCAAAAAUCCUGAAGCAUCCACUGGAGAAUUUGAGUGCGUGUAUCGCCAACCAACGACACCUUUUGAAAUUACCCAAGCAGAAGCAAAAGCUUUACAUGUACACGGUACUGCAUUACCAUUACAUUUACAAUCAAAUGAAAAAUUAUUAGAUAAAGCUUCUGUAUUUCGUUCCACUAAAGAAGCAUGUGUAAACAUUUUUAGUAAAUUGUAUUUUGAAUAUAGAUCAUUGAAUAUUACAAGAGAAUCUGAUAAUAACGUCCCUUUGAUUCUUAAUCAAAACAACAAAAGAGACGAUUUCAAAUCACAUACUAAAAUGAAAACAAGAACUGACCCAAGUAAAUAUAAAAACUAUUUUGAUUUGAAAAUAUACAAUGAGCCAUGUGCACGAAAGGAACUAAUUGCAAUGCCAGAAUACAUUACAUAUAUACCCACUGCGUUAGUAAAACAGGAAAAUGAUGAUGUGUUAGUUUUAAAUUCGGAAAAUGACAAGAAGAUACACGUUUACAUGACACAUAUAGAACCUAAUGCAAUGUCAGAUCUGUAUAAUAAUGAUAAUUUUGAUUUAAACUCACAAGAAGAGGCAUGUGACUAUGUAAAACUCGAAAAACUAAUUGCAAUAGCAAAACUACAUGCUGGGGAUCAUUUGCACUUAAACCCAAAUAAGGAGAUGUGUUUCUCCAUAACACAUUUAGAACCAAAUAUAACAAUAGGUCCAUAUAAUAAUAAGUAUUUGGCUUUUAACCCAGAAAAGGAUUCAUGCGCCUAUAUAACACAUACAGAACUAAAUGUAAUAGCAGAACCAGAUAAAUUCAGUUUAGAUCCAGACAACGAUAUGCGCCCACAUGAACAUGGACCUAAAAAUGAUGCAGUAAAAUAAAUGGAUAAUGACGAUCAUUUUGAUUUGAAUUCAGACAAAGAGACAUACGCGAACACUAAGCAAACAGAAUUAGAUGAAAAAAACAAUCCGAUACAUUUUAUAUGAUGGCACCAGUAUACCAGCGGUUCGGACUUUGGGUGAUGCACUUUAAGAGGUCUCAGUGAAAUUGUGCGAUAGAGCCAUUUUUAGAAAUGAACUUUUCUGAAUUGACUCUGAUGCAGAUGUUCGGUGCUCAGAUUUAAAUUCGUUUCUCUGGUACAAUUUUCUUACUCGUCUCAAGCGAGGUUAUAGUUGUUAUUAAAAUGUUAAUCCAGAAAAGGAAACAAGAGAGACGAAAGUACAUUAUGUAAAAAAAAAUCUUAUGAAUGUUACUAAUGUAAUGUAAUAAA